CCGGAGGACUAACCGUCCCACACUCCAAUGCCUUCUGCCUUUAACUUGUAGCUAACCUCUGCCUGUAUUUAAAUAACAUACAAUGUCUAGUAUCCGUAGCUAGGUUGUAUCUUAACCACCAUGUAAAGUGUCGUGUCACGGAAUGCAGUUGACUGAGGACUAAGGACGUAGCAGGACGAUACAGGAGGAGGCAGUUUGACAGCCCUCCGAAAAAAACACAACGACCCAAGAAGACGCUACCCAAGCACCCGUCUCACCCCGGUUAACUGGAGCGUUUCGUUAACCGUUUAACGCCCCCAUAUGCAUGCGCCUACGCCCAUCCUCACACCCUGACGCCGGAAAAGAAGCAGGCAGGGCGGCUACGGCAGCUCCGGGGUCCCCGACACUUAGCAGCCGAGGAGAGGCACCGCUGAAAUGAGAUGAGGCUCAGAAAUGGAACUGUGGCCACUGCGAUUAUUUUCUUCACGUCGUUCCUCAGCCUGUCCUGGUACACAGCGUGGCAGAAUGGCAAAGAGAAGCUGAUAGCUUACCAGCGGGAGUUCCAUGCCUUGAAAGAGCGCCUUCGUGUGGCCGAGCACCGGACGCUGCAGCGCUCGUCCGAGCUCAACAACAUCCUCGAGCAGUUCAGACGAGCCAUCGCCGAGACCAACAGCAGCAAAGAUGCUCUCACAAACUUCUCAGAUGAGACGCAGAAACUCCUGAAGGAACUCGCUAACAGGAGACCCCUCCAGGUGCCAAAUAUCUACCACCACAUGCCUCACCUGCUCAACAAUGAGGGCAGCCUGCACCCCGCCGUGCAGGUCGGACUGGGCCGCACAGGAGUUACUAUGGUGAUGGGUAUCCCCACUGUGAGGCGGAAGGUGAAGUCUUAUCUGUCGGAGACACUGCGCUCGCUGAUAGACAAGCUGUCACCAGAGGAGAAGCUCGACUGCGUCAUCAUCGUCUACGUUGGGGAGACGGACGUGGACUAUGUUAACAGCGUGGUAGCUGGCCUGGAGAAAGAGUUUUCUAUAGAGCUGACUUCAGGUUUGCUGGAGGUGAUCUCCCCACCCACCGCCUAUUACCCCGAGCUAACCAACCUCAAGGAGACUUUUGGAGACUCCAAAGAGAGAGUCAAAUGGCGAACCAAGCAGAAUCUGGACUACUCCUUCCUCAUGAUGUAUGCUGUGAGCAAAGGAGUUUAUUAUGUCCAGCUGGAGGAUGACAUCGUGGCCAAGCCUAACUACUUUGCCACCAUGAAGAACUUCGCCCUGCAGCUUUCGUCGGAGGACUGGAUGAUCCUGGAGUUUUCUCAGCUGGGUUUUAUUGGAAAAAUGUUCCAGGCUCCGGACCUGAACCUCAUUGUCGAGUUCAUCUUCAUGUUCUAUAAGGAGAAGCCCAUCGACUGGCUGCUGGACCACAUCCUCUGGGUCAAAGUCUGCAACCCAGAGAAAGAUGCGAAACACUGCGAGCGGCAGAAGUCCAGCCUGCGUGUGCGCUUCAGACCCUCCCUGUUUCAACACGUGGGACUCCAUUCUUCUCUCGCUGGGAAGAUCCAGAAGCUCACAGACAAGGAUUUCCUGAAGCCUCUGCUCCACAAGAUGCACGUCAACCCUCCAGCUGAGGUUUCCACUUCAGUGAAGGUGUACCAGGGUCACACGCUGGAGAAGACGUACCUGGGAGAGGACUUCUUCUGGGCCAUCACUCCGAAAGCAGGAGACUACAUCCUCUUCAAAUUUGACCGACCUGUUAGCAUAGAGAAGUUCCUGUUCCGCAGUGGUAACCAAGAGCACCCAGGGGACAGAAUCGAGAAUACCACUGUGGAAAUACUGCCUGUUUCGGUACCCGGACUUCAGACCAAAGAAAAGUACAAGCGAACUGAAGACCGAUUUUACAGGAUCGGUCAGUUUGAGAAGGGUGUGGCCGAGGGAGUCGUGGAUCCUUCUUUCAAUCCCAUCAUAGCUCUACGGCUCUCUGUCCUCAAAGACUCGGCGGUGUGGGCCAUCCUCAGUGAAAUACAUAUAAAGAGGAUCGCAGGCUGACUCUGGAGCAUGAAUCACGGCCCCCCAGGGGACCAGACUCUCCUGAUUGCUUACGCAGGGCUUCUGGCACCUAGCAACCAGCAGUGAAGUCAUCCGAGCCCGCUGUCUGAGGAGCGCCGCCUCCCUGUACCCCGCUCUUCCUGGCGUCCUUUUUUUUUUGUUUUUUGCUUCCCAUCGAUCGGUUCCUCCAUUUCUCUCUGCAUCUCUCACUCACUCUUGUGCUCUUAAGUCAUUUCUCGAGAAUGUGAAUACUACUGUCCUGAAGUACAACAACUGAGUGCGUGAAGGCAUUCUGCUCCGGUUCUCAAAGUCACUGUGUUGCUCAGCGGCUUUGAACCCAAUCGGAAAAAAUGGACAAACGAGGACAAAUCAUCACAUCUGGGGAGAACCGGUCAUCUGGUGUCGAUGCUGCCAAAUCCUCCUCCUCCUGUUAUUCAAUGCUGCCACCCUUUGGGCCAGCUGGGGCGUUGCACUGUCACUAAAGCCUCAGCAAAAUAGCCCACGAUGAUGAAGAAUGUUGUCAUCGCUAACGGCCAGUCGCUCUCUGUUCCUGACAGAGAUGACAGAGCUCUAGAUUAACACCAGCCCAAACAAUGUUUCCCUCAGCCCCAGAGUAUUGUCCGCCACACUUCAAAUACUCCACUUGUCCUGAAACAUACACUCAGGAUGAGCUUGUUCCAAAAUCCUGCCUGUAGCUAGUCAGAAAUAACUUUGACUAAACUGUAGGGCCACUUUCUGAGAUAACUACCCUGAUCCGCCAAGAAAAUAAGUACCAUGACACCAUAUCUCACCUCCUGUCUGACGAGCCGUGUGACCUCAGUGUCCAUUUACAGUAAAACCAAUCAGACAUUGCCUUGGCGUCAUUUUCCCGAAACAAUAUAUUGUUAUAUUGAUAUAUUAUUAUACAGCUAUGACGAUCUAUGAAGGUGACUUAAUUUAUUUGAAAUAAAUCUUUAAUUUGUACAAGAGGUAAACUAUAUUUUUAUUCUAUUGAGAGAUGUUUAUGGUAGUUCAGAGUCUGUUUUUAUUUGUGUACUGUUGUGUUUUUCUUUCGUUUGUUGCCUAAAUUGCUACUCUACAUUUUCUUUUCAUUAUUGCAGCUGCUUGCAAACUUUUGUCUGCAGGUGCUCAGGUCAGUUCUUUUCACUUGAAGCGAAACGUUUGAUGUUCAUUUUCACUUCUUAAAGACUGAAUGGUAGGAGAGCUGAGAAUAGAUUCUGGUGAAGAAGUUGUGGGUCAAAAUUGGAAAACAAAAUUGUGCCUUAAAUCCAGGUCCCUUGAAAUUGUCUCUGCAACAUUAUUCCAGUCUCUCACUCUUGCCUACACUUUGAUUGCUGGAUAUACUAAUAUUUUUAAAAUAACAUAAAAAGUCAAAUAAGUUAUUGGAUGUUUUGAUCAAUAUCUAAGUGAAAGUGGUUUUAAAAAAAAGAUAGGGGGUGUUUUUUUUUUUUUUUACCAGAUCUGAAACAGUGUGAUUUGCACUGCUUUUUCACCUUUUUUUUGCCAUCACACCUUUCACCAUUGUACUUAAAUUUCCCAUCUUCCCAUUAGUUCAUUUCACUGACAAUUCCACAUGACGGCCUAUUUUGUCCAAUAGAGUAUCUGUUUUUUGAUGGGACAGAAUAUCAUGACUACUGAUGAUUGCGCCUUUUGUUGUAAGAUUUGACUGAGGUUGUGUAGUUCUUUCACUGAUUGUAAAUGUAUAAAAAAGCAAUGAACAUUAUCUCUCUUUACUCCCCUCACUCUUUCUGUUCUGCCUCAUUUAAUAGUUUAUUGAAAUUCACUCGUUUUGUGUUUGUGUGUGUGACCAAUGUUUUUGAGUGGAUGCAACUUCACUCAUUUUACCUGUGAGUGGUUUAUGGAAGGGGAAAGUGAAGUGCCUUUUUAGUGGAAUUGUUUUUUCCUAGUCAUGCUGUUCAUGUGCAUGAAUAUUGUUUCUUGUCUGAGCCGCCUCUUCAUCAGUCUUUUUUUUGGGGGAGAAGAUGAGAGCUACUUGGUGGUACAUGAAGUGGAAGUGUCAUUUUCAGUACUGCUAAAAGGACUUGCUUUCCCCUCUUGUUCUGGAUCCACUGAAUACAUUAAGGCUGCAUGAACGCUCAUAAAUCUCCUUCUGAUCCCCCUCACUGUAUUUAUGGACAGGAGAAAAAACGAUAAAAGGAACUCCUCCCCUCGAUGAAAAACAAACCCACACACCCAUCGGUUCAUGUGCCUUCAUCAUGUACUUGUGUAUGCCUGCCGCUGAUGUUUUUGACAUCAUUUUCAUGGACAUCUUUGAAAUAAAACAUAAAAGUUG